AUGCAUGCUAAGGAGCAGGUUAAGGCUGUCAUUCUUGUGGGAGGAUAUGGGACGAGGCUAAGGCCGCUGACAUACACCGUUCCAAAGCCCCUUGUGCCUUUUGCCAACAAGCCCAUCCUAAGACAUCAGAUAGAGGCACUAGUCGGUGCUGGAAUCAAGGAGAUCAUCCUGGCACUCAACUAUUAUUCAGAGCUUAUAAUAAGAGAGGUUAGGGAUUACUCAAACGAGUUUGGGAUUAACAUCAUCUAUUCUAAGGAGCAAGAGCCUCUUGGAACAGCAGGCCCAUUGGCACUUGCUAGAAAGUAUCUUGAGGGCCACACCUUCUUUGUACUUAAUUCAGAUAUAACAUGUAGAUUUCCCCUGAGGGAAAUGCUUGCCUUUCAUCUCUCUCACGGAAAGGAGGGAACCAUUCUGUCCACCGGGGUGAAGGAUCCAAGCAGAUACGGACUCAUUAUCACAGAGGAAAACACAAACCUCAUUCGAACAUUUCUUGAGAAGCCCAAGAAUGCAACAUCGAACAGGAUAAAUGCAGGGAUAUACAUACUUAAUCCCUCUGUGCUGGACAGAGUGGAGCUCAGAGAGUGCUCCAUAGAGAGGGAGAUCUUUCCGAAAAUGGCGGAAGAGCGCCAGCUUCAGGUAUUUGAUCUCGAGGGAUUCUGGAUGGACAUAGGGCAGCCAGCGGAUUACAUAAGAGGCCAAGGAAUGUAUCUGGAGUACUAUAAAGAGGCAGCCAUGUGCAGCUAUUUGCCCGACAGGAAGAUGUUUUCAGUUGAGAGCAAUGUUGUCAUAGGGAAGAAUGUGAAGAUAGGAAAGAACGUCACAAUCUCAAACAGUGCCAUCUUUGAUAAUGUGGAGAUAGGGGACAAUGUGACAAUAAAGGACAGCAUAGUGGGCUGGAACGCGAAGAUAGAAGACAAUGUAACCAUAAAUUCUUGCUGUGUUCUGGGAUAUGCCACAACGGUUGAAAAGUUCUCUAUCUUAACUUCAGUCAAGACGUUGCCUGACAAGACACCAUUUAAGCUUCUCGAAGACAUUUAG